AGUGGACAUUGGUAAUCGUUGGUGUGAUUAUGAUGUCGUAAAUGUUUGUAGUAAGCAUGGGGAAUGUGUGUAAUGCGUUUUGAGAUAAGAUUAUUUGAAUAAUACUUUACAGCCUCAAAGUUUUGGUAGGGUUAUAAUUAAAUUCAAGUCCUUUUCCUUCAAGUUUGUAGCCAUCUUGAAAAGAGUUAUGAUUUAAUUUUGAUUUUCGUUAAAAGUACAACUGAAUUAUCAUGUAAGCAUGUUUACUUCAAUGUAAUGAAGAAGGAAUUCCCCAGCAUUGAAGCAGCAUUAUUAUUUCUUUCUAAACAACUAAACAGUGGAUGCUCGGACACAAUGCCAGCCGCAUCUGGACCUGGACCAGGUAGCAACAGUGUCAAUCAUAUGAAUAACAAUGAGGCCUGUGGCAUACGAGAUGUUUGGGCCAACAAUAUGGAAGAUGAAUUCAAGAUAAUAAGACAAAUUGUUCAGAAGUACAACUACAUUGCUAUGGACACCGAGUUCCCGGGGGUAGUAGCUAGACCCAUCGGAGAAUUUCGGAGUAGCGCAGAUUAUCAGUAUCAACUUUUACGAUGCAAUGUAGAUUUGCUGAAGAUUAUUCAACUAGGAUUGACUUUUUUAGAUGAAAAUGGUAAAGCUCCACCUGGUUAUACUACAUGGCAGUUUAACUUUAAAUUUAACCUAACGGAGGAUAUGUAUGCCCAAGAUUCUAUAGAUCUUCUGACAAGUUCAGGAAUCCAAUUUAAGAAACAUGAUGAAGAAGGAAUUGAUCCUAUAGAAUUUGCGGAAUUACUCAUGUCAUCAGGUGUAGUUCUAAUGGAUAAUGUAAAGUGGUUGUCUUUUCAUAGUGGCUAUGAUUUUGGGUACUUGUUGAAGUUGUUAACACAGAAGAAUUUACCUGCAGAGGAAUCGGACUUUUUUGAAAUGUUGCGGCUUUACUUUCCAACAAUCUAUGAUGUGAAAUAUUUGAUGAAGAGUUGUAAAAAUUUGAAAGGAGGGUUGCAGGAAGUUGCAGAACAAUUAGAUUUGGAAAGAAUUGGACCACAACAUCAAGCUGGAAGUGAUAGUUUAUUGACUGGGGCAACAUUUUUUAAAAUGAGAGAGAUGUUUUUUGAGGAUAACAUUGAUGAUGCAAAGUAUUGCGGUCAUUUAUAUGGACUUGGAACUUCCUAUGUGAUAAAUGGCGCUGCAGUUGAGGAAGCAUCUCCCAUACCUACUACAUCUGCUUCUUGACAAUUGUUAAUAUAGAAUCAUCCCAUCUAUUUUCAUCUGAGGUUUUCAUAAUGUGGAGGAUAUUUGAUAUGGUUUUAAUAAUUCCAGAAAAUACAUCAAUAGACAUUUGUAACUUUUAAAUUGCAUUAGAUUUCAUAAAGAUCUUGUAAAAAUCUCCAUUGUUGGAGACAUCUUUCUGUUUUUAUAUGAAUUGUUACAUUUACUAUUAUGCACUAUUUUGUAAUAACUGUGAUGUUUUCAUCUUUAUUCCAAGUAUGUUAUUUUUUAAUUAUUAUGAAGGCAUUUAUUCUCCCCUUAGUGUAUCAUCAUUGAUUUUUUAAACGGCAAAUCAGAAGAGAUAUUUCACUUCAUUCUGUAUUUUGAUUUAUCCAUGAAUGCUUUUAUAAAAUAAAUCUUCUGUACAAAAAUCAAAAUUCUGCAUUUGACUAAUAAAAUUUGCAU